AUGGCAGCGCCGCUUGGUGGGGUGUCCCAAUUAGGAAGCAUAGACAAUAUACCCUCCAAUCGCUGGGACUAUAGUUAUUACAUUGAAGAGGUCAGAGGAUGUUCAGAGACUCCGUCCAGCCCUCCAGAUUGGUUAACUCAGCGAGCUCUUUGGGAUCCCAGCGCCCAGGCUCAUCUAGGUUACGUGUACUAUCAUGGUAGAGGAGUCUCACAGGACUAUUCGAGAGCUAUCGACUGGUUUACCAAGGCAGCCGACCAAGGAAAUAGCGCAGCUCAGAGUAAUUUAGGCUGCAUGUACGAACAUGGCAGGGGUGUUUUACAAGACUAUUCGAUUGCUGUUGAUUGGUACCUCAAAGCAGCCAGCCAGGGGAAUCUCAUCGCUCAGAGUAAUCUAGGCUACAUGUAUUUUUAUGGCAAAGGAGUUUUACAGAGCUAUUCGAAAGCUCUCGACUGGUGCCUCAAGGCAGCCAACCAAGGCGGGAUUGCCGCUCAGAACAACUUAGGUUACAUGUACCUUAGUUCCCAUGACUAUUCGAAAGCUACCUAUUGGCUCUAUAGGGCAGCCAACCAAGGACAUACUGAUGCUCAGAACAAUCUAGGUUACAUGUAUUCUCGUGGUAAAGGAGUGUCACAGAACUAUUCAGAAGCUGUCGACUGGUAUCUCAAGGCAGCCAACCACGGAAAUGCUAUCGCUCAGAAUAACCUUGGUUACAUGUACUACCACGGCAUAGGAGUUUCACAGGACUAUUCGAAAGCCUUUGACUGGUAUCUCAAAGGGGCCGAUCAAGGAUGUGUUGAUGCUCAAGGCGCUAUUGGUUAUAUGUAUCGAUUUGAAAAGGGCGUUCCUAAAGACCUUAUUAAAGCAAAAUAG